AUGGGUGCUGGCGCAAGUGCCCAGGAUCUGGCCUCUGUGGAUGAUGAGACGCUGAUAGGCAUCAUCGCCUCGGAUCCGGAUCGAAUCGAACGGCUGUUGCGCACUGCCCGGCAGACAGAAACGCAGGAGACUUCCAAACCCGAAGUUCUCGGCGAGGUCCCCGCGGAAAGCAGCGAGCCCGACGCAGUGUGGGACAAUCUGGGGCCUGGCAUCCAGUGCAGGAGCUGGAAUGUGCCUCACAGCGACUGGAGCGUCCGGCAAUUCCGGUAUCAAGUGCAGGGCGAUCCGUAUGACUCUCUUGGGAAAUCCCCCUUUGAGCAUUCCAACUCCUACAGCAUGCACCGUGCCUUCCACCCCCUUCAGCUUGAUGGCCGAACGGCGGUGGUCUGGCAAUCCCGCAACGAUUGGCGACCACAGCUAUCGGUUUUUGGGAGCGACUUCAGCAGCUACGAGCAGAUCGCCCUGCCCAGCGCGGACGAGGCCACCUUGGCUGGCGCAGCCCACGAUGGGAAAGAGCCUGGAGCUUUGUUCCUUCUGAUGGUGCAGUGGGGAGAUGGUAGGCCGGAAGAAAACCGCUCCCUAACGGUGAUCAAAGCUGCCAUGGAUGGAUCGGAGUUGAAGCGCCAGGUCGUGGAUGGUGGGAAAGACGGCUUGGACAUGGUCUGUUUUGGUCACUACGAUGGCCUGGCAGAUCAGCCCCCACCCUACGGUGCUCAACUCUCUGUCGCCUAUGCAGGCGGCUUGUUGGGUGUACACUUGGGGCGCUUCAUGCACAAGUCCGAAGAUGGGCUUAAUCACCAAGCUGGCAUCUGGCUUACCUUGAGCGCAGACACACUGCAGGUUCAACAGCCGCCUACGCGGACCACAAGCCACUCCCUGGACUCGGUAGUCACCACCAGCAUGGAUCGGCAUGGAUACCCCGAGUUCCUCUGUUGCGACCUGGGCGAUGCGUAUCCCCGGGGUCUGCACCUGCACCGCUUCGUGAACCGGGCUUUCAGUGGCGGGAACCAGAGCCUCGUCGUCUACUCCUACAAAUGCCGCCAUGGGGAGGUCCCGAAGAACGACGCAGGUAUGGAGUUCGACACCUAUGAGUCACUCAACAAGGAGAAUGCCCCGACCUACUACAAGUGGAGCAACGACAACGCUUGCUACACCGAGCUCGGUGGCGUCGCUGCGCUGGGAAGCUCCGUCCUUGUAGCUUUUGCAGGUGAAGGUUCCCGGAGCCUGGACUGCUUGUCAUCGGAAGCUUUUGCGUCGGCACCCUCCGAAAGGCAUCGGAUCACUCCGCGGAACCUGGGCGUCGUGUCGGUCCGCAAGAACUGGGAGGGACCCAAGGAUGACGUCUGGAGCUCGAAGAGCGCUUACAGCCACAAGGGCGGCUUUUAUGCCUUCCGCGGUGAGUGGCAAGAGCAGGCCGUGCAGAACAUCUGCUGGCUUACGGACCUCAAGGGGGAUGCAAACGUCUCGCGCCUGAAAGCCUGCGCCAUGGGUGGUCAAGUGCUGCUGCUUUGGGAGCUCUGGGGCAGAAGCUACGUCACCACAUGCGCACAGUGCGUGGACGAGAAGGGUGAGGCAGUUGGCGAGCAGAUCAACCUUGGUACGCGGAUCAGGUUGAGCCGGCGGAGCGACCCAGUGGCGACAGCACUCGGAGAUCUCAUUGUCGCGCAGCGCCAGGAAAGCGAAGAGGGCCCACAGCUGCAGAUCACCGUCCUCUCCACGGGAUUGGCAAGCAAAGCUACGGAGGAGGGGGACGAAGAGGUCACCCCGGAAGAGCUGUCUGCCGGUGGCAAGCGGAAGUUUAAGUUCUCGCGCAUGACGCUGCGCUUGAAAGCCGUGCUGGAGUAUUGCCGUGAGGCUAACGCUGGGAAAAACACCUGGCAGUCCGGAACAUUGGGUGAGGUGACGUGGGAGGAGGCAUGUCAACAUGCCUUCGCCCACGAGAACUUCGUGGACGUCAUUUUCGAUCCUGACGGCUUCACCAAAGAAGCUCCGAUGCUGAAAGUGCGGCUGCCGGUGUAUCUCAAAGGUGACACGAUGCUCGGCCCCUAA